CUUGGUGCAAGCCUAUCCUUCAGAUAUGAGAUGGCAAUUUCCGGCACUUAUAAAUUGCUAUUACUAAAAAGUCUGGCUGAAAUUGAAAUGUUUUGCUACUGAUCAAUUGUUCUGCUAUAAAUUCAAUCUGUUGCAGUGGCGGAUUGACGUUUGUUAAAGCCUUAUUGGUUGUUUUUGCCUCCUAACGUAUCGAAAACUCCUACAAUCCCUUAGAAGUGUGUGCAUAAGAGAUUUCUUAGUGCGGUUACUUGGGAAACGUAGUGUUUGUGGUAACAAAAUUACUUUAGAUAAGUAUUUUGCUAUCGAAAACAGUUCUUAAGGAUGGUGAGUUGGUGACAUUGUGGUGGGAAUACAUAAUUGUACUUACCUUGGAUACCCGUGCAUAUGGACGUAGAUAGAUUCUUUGUCUAUGUUUACGCCUUAUCCAGGCAAAAAAUAUGUGGAAUUCCAAACAUCAAGGUGCCAAGACUUGACCCCAAACAUGGAGAUUAUUGUUUCCUUAAUUAUGAAAAACGCAAACCAAGUCUAGAAAACAUAAAAUUCUGCGGGGUGUCAUUAUAUAGUCCCUAGAGGUUGUGCUAAAAAUCUGAGGAGGUUUGGCUAAAGUUAUGAUGUACAGUGCUUAGAAACCAGAUCAUCUCAGAAAGAAUCUAGGUUUCAAGAUAGAACGGAUUAGGUUUGAUGGUGAAGUGAUGAUUGCUUCAUGGGUUGGCCUUUAAUUUUUUUUCUACACUCUACUUACACCAUUACAUGUCAAAGUUUGGCAGUUUUUGGGGUUGGCUUGCUCUAUUUAAUCCAUUAAUGUAUUUCUAGGCAUUGGGAGAGAGGACCACACAUGCCUCACUAAAAGAUUCGUCGCCAUCCACCGGAGAAGAGUAGAAGAAAACCAGCGGCUGGGACGACAUCCUGACCUACGUUGUGUCCAGCAAAUCGCCCGCGACGCUGUAUGAGUUCGUCCUCGCGAACGAUCGACGUCUCGGUGGUCGACGACUCAACCUUCCAUGUGGCUUGCCAACGUGAUGUAUGUGUUGACCAGUGUGGGCGUGCGUGCGUUGUGUCUCGCCGGUGUGAUGCGUGUGUGCGCUCUUUGCAUGCGAAGCUAGUCGGUCGAUGUGUCAUGUGUGCGUGUAUAGUGCUGAUGAGCAGCUUGCCAAUGGUAGGUAGCUCCGUUCGUCGUCCUGAGCUCCACCCUACCGCGAGCGCUCAGAGCUCCGAGCAGUAGCAACGCCCGCCGGCGUUUUAUUCCUUAAAUUUUGCAAAAUCUUUUGCCAACUGCAUGUACUCCUGAAUCAUCUGCGCCACGUGCCACCACCCGCUCCGUUCGCUACGUCCAAUCUGGCUGUUUGUUUGCCGAGUGCCGGGUUUCGACACUCGGCAAAGGGUCUGCCGAGUGUGCGACGAAAGGAACUCGGCGAAGUCAGCUCUGCUUGAAGGGUGUAUGCCAAGCACCCUUUCUUGAGCAGAAAUCCUAUUCGUACUUACGCAGUUUUUCUUACGUGUACUGUGAGGGAAGGAAUAAGUACCUAGAGAAAAAAGUGCCAACAACUGUCACACAGCAUGCUUGUACGCUGGAGGGUACGGAUAGCUGGCUUGUUCAAAGCCCAGAUUUUCUUUUUAGCAGCCUACGGGUAAAUUGUAACCGGAUGUUAGUUUGUCGAAUAAAGUCUCAAUUUGAUGCAAAAAAUAAAUAAAAUGAACUUAGUAUAUAGGAUUUACGUAAAACUCGUAUGUAAGAAUGGCAUCGCUCUUUGUUGAGUGUAGCACUGAGCGAAGCCUUUACCAAGUGUUUUUCGGCCUUUCGCUAGUGUCUAUGCUACUAGGCAAACAUGCACAUCACAAGUCCACAUGCACAUCACGCAUUGAUCCUAGCUAUUGGAUGGCGUCAGAAGACUAAAAGGAUACGAGUAUUUAACUACAUGUUGAUCUAGUUGGAUCUUGAAGGUACCACAUCACAUGCAAUACAAAUUUACUACUUGUUUAGGAGCAUGAAGAAAGCCUAGGGAUGCCACCAUCCGGUGAUGCGCUGCUAAGAAGUAUUCCCUCCGUCCCAAAAUUCUUGUCUUAGAUUUGUCUAAAUACGGAUGUAUCAAGUCACGUUUUAGUAUUAGGUACAUCCGUAUCUAAAAAAAAAAUCUAAGACAAGAAUUUUUGGACGGAGGGAGUAGAUGACGUAAAUUAAGUGCUAACAUUGUUCUGGUUUUCUAAAGUUUGAUUCAUGAUGACAAUGAUUUUCCUAAAAACGAAGAGGAAAGAAGAGGGGGGUAAUUUGGAAACGAAUUUGCGUCAUUCGCUCCAUUUGAUCACAUCCUGUGUUGAACACUAUAACAUUAAUACACUAUAAAAUUAAUACACUAUUAAAUACAAAGUUGAAUCACUUAUUUUGAGACGGAGGGAGUAAUUAAUUCAUAAUAGCUAAAUGUUAGGCCCUAUUUGGUUCAUAAGUCUUACGAUUUUUUUUAGUCCCAACUUAUAAGUCCUAAGUCCCUAAAAAGUCUCUACCUGUUUGGUUCCUGCGACUUAACAUGGACUAAAAGACCAUAUUACAACUAUAAGUCCCUAUAAGACUCUCCUUGAAAGUCUUAUUUUAUAAGUCCCAAAUGUCCACUUUAAGUCCCUAUAAGCCCCUCAUGUUUGGUUUAGAUGGGACUUAAACGGACUUUUUUAAGUCCCCACACCAAUAAGUCCCUGUAACCAAACACCCUCUUAGUCGACUGACUUUAGCUAUUGUGGUGAGUUGAUUUUGAAGGGAGGAAAGCAAAGGAAGGCUCAAAAAAUAGACUGACCCAAUUCGUUUUCUUCAGGCAACUGACAUAUAGCCACGCCCUAAUUAAUUAAGGGAGAUGUUGAAGCGGCCAUGGAUCUAUAAAUCCAGCAGUCAUCCGAGCACCGAAACACAAACUCAAACACAAAGCCCAAGAAGUAUCCAUCAUGAGAGACCACAAAUACAAAAACAAACACAAGCACAAGCACACAACCCACCGGCGUGAAGGUGAAGAGCAAGGAGGAGCCCCGGGCACAAUGGUGGAGAGCCGCAGCACCAUCGCCUUCUUCGGGACCUCCAGGCCACCGGUGGCGCUGGACCUCUUCUCGUGCCCAGUGAACCCGCCGCCAUCGUCUGCGCGGGACGAGCAGCGCCUCACCGACGGCGUGUCGUACAACCACAACGGCCGGGCAAUCCCCGCGCCGGCGCUCAAGGAGCUCCUGUCCUUCCUGGCCAAGAAGGACACCGCGCUGGCCCUGGCCGGCGGCACCACUCCGGAGGACGUGGACAAGGGCGGUGUCACCGCCCUCGUCUUCAUCUCCGGGAGGGACAACGGCCUGGAGACGCUCCAUGUGGCCCUGCGCGCCGCAGACAACAAGAACACGGUGCUGUCGCUGGCCGACGUCUACGGCGCCGGCACCUUCGGCGGGGUCCGAAUGGAGGACAGUGGCUGCCUGGCCGGCGGCUUCGAGGCGGGCGGCCUCACCGUCGGGCACUCGCUGGUGUACGUGUCCACCAAGGGGCCGGCGGCAGCACGGCGCACUCCGUGUCCGUGGACCGUGGUGUACAAGACCAACCUUGCCGACGGCAGGACGGAGCGCCUCACUCCGCCGGAUCAAUACGACCUGAACCCGGCCGUGUCGCCGUCCGGGCAGAGGGUGGCGGUGGCCAACUUCCGGUCCGGCGAGGUCGGCCGCCUGAAGACCGAUAUUGUGGUGAUGAACGUGGACCGGGAGGCGCAGGGCGGGCUUGGGCGCAGCAUCCUCAUCAAGGACGGCGGGUGGCCGACGUGGGGCAGCGACAACGUCAUCUUCUUCCACCGAGGGGUGGACACCAAGGAUAAUACCGACUGGGGCGUGUACCGGUACGACCUCACCACCAAGGAAACCGUCAAGGUGACCCCUGAUAACAUCCAGGCCAUGACUCCGGCGGCCAUCGACGAGACGACGGUGGCCGUGGCCGUCACCCGGGAGACCUCCGUGGACCGCACAAGGAAGGAGCAGUACCGCCACAUCGAGAUCUUUGAGGUCGGCAAGCCUGCCAGCCCGGUGGUGAUCACCCAUCGCACGACGCCGUUGGCUGACCACUACAACCCGUUCGUGCUCGACGGCGGCAGCCGCGUGGGUUUCCACCGCUGCAGAACCGACGAUGACAAGGUGAAUACUACCGCUGAUCCCAAGAAGAAGCAUAAGGACGGCGGGCUGGCCGGCGUGUUCCCAAGCAUCAGCAAUGACGGCUCCAAGAUCUGCUACGUGGACAACGAGUUCAGAUCCGUGUGGGUCGCCGACGAAAAGGGGCCGCGACCAGUCCAUUCGGUGAGGAACAAGAUCAGAGUCUUGUCCACUACGUGGAACCAAGACAUGAGCAAGGACACCAUCUACUUCUGCGAGGGCACGGCCGACCACCUGCAGAUCUGUGCCCUCGAAGGCGCCUCCGAGCUCCGGCCCAAUGACCGGAACAUGAGGCGCCUCACCAAGGGCAAGUUCAACGACGCCUUCCCCUCAAGCAACCCGGCCGGGACCAAGUUUGUGUUCCGGUCGACGCGCGACAGAUCCGGUAGGCCGGAGUACGGCAAGUACAACAACCUCUACAUCAUGGAGGACGCAGAGGAAGGGGAGUGGGGCGAAGGCACGGUGACGCAGCUCACCGACGGGCCCUGGACCGACAGCCAUUGCAGCUGGUCGCCCAGGGGUGAUUGGGUCGUCUUCUCCUCCUCUCGUGAUAGAGACAUCGUCGACGACACUAACUGCUUCUCCAUCUUCCUCGUCCUAGCCACCGACCCCAAGGUGCUGGUGCGGGUCAUGUCCCUGGCAGGCCACGUUUGUCACCCCGUCUUCAGCCCGGACAUGGACAACAUCGUCGUCACCUCCGACUUCGCUGUAGUCUCCGCCGACCCGGUGUCUCUGCCCAUCUUCAUUGCCUCCGUUAGGCCCUAUGGUGACAUGUUCUCCAUUAAACUCCGUGACACAGCAGACAUCAACAAGAACAAGGACAUCGUGGAGUUCCACCGCAUCACACACACCUCCUACGAGUACUCCAAGCCUACAUGGACCAUCUAUUUUGGUGACGAGCCCAACGACAAGUGGCCAACCAAUAGCGGUGCGGCUACGGGCCCCUACGCACCGCCUCUUUCAAUGCAUUGGUGCUUAGGUGAGGUGCUAAGUGCACUACAAGUCUUGGCAACUAAUCUCCCCAAUGCAUAGGUGCUUACCUUUUGUAGCUAAGCUGCUUUCAUUUUAUUUAGCAACUAGAUUCUUUAUCCAUUGGUUGAUAGGCAUUUUGUAGGUCCACAUGCUUGACAUUGUUUGUUCUUCGGAUCACCAAAGUGCUCUCUUAUCGCUUUAAUUACUUUGCCACAUCAA